UUUACGAUCUCAAAUAUUUUUGAACAACCAUUUUUAACAAGUUUUUAUUUAUACCGUAUCCAUCAUUCUCGUAAUGAAUUCUUUUAUUUUUUGCAGGUACGUGGCAUCCGGAAUUUCGAUCUGGAAUCGAUGAUGGGAUUCUGGUAUGUGGUUCAGUAUUACGCAUCAACGGAAGAGCUGCCCGAAUAUGCCUGUAUGCAAAGUGAUUUUACGUUUUCCGCAGAGGAUCAGCAUAUUACAAUGAAUUUCAGUUACAUCUUUGCCGAAGAUCCAUUGCGUGAGAAAUUACAGGGCAACAUCACUUGGAUGAUACCGGAUUUUGAAACACCCGCACACUGGAUGCACACUGAAGAUAUUUGUAAGAAAAAU